AUGGUUGCACAAGAGAACGUUACAGCCGACAUCCAGGGCGCCAUUCUAGGUGGUGAUGCCGUUCUGGCUAUUGACCAGAAAGGAUCCCUUAUUCACACAGUCUCACGAGAACGUCAUCCUACCGUCGGAAUCGAAACCGAAGCCGCAUUGGUUCUUCCUCAAGGUCAUGGACACGAUCAUAUUGAUCCUGAAUUACUCCCUACUGAGGAAGAGAAAAAGACUCUCCGAAAAGUAGCUGGAAAGCUUCCUACCAUCACUUAUCUAAUUUGUGCUGUUGAGUUUGCUGAGCGAGCUUCUUACUAUGGUUGCAAUAGCCUCUUCAAUAACUAUGUCAACAGACCUCUUCCCGUUGGUGGAGAUGGCUAUGGCGCACCACCACGUGGAACUCAACAAACUGCCGGAGCUUUAGGCCUCGGUACAGUCAAAGCAACAGCCACAUCUCAAUCAUUUUCUAUGCUGGCAUAUGCGCUUCCAUUGUUCUUCGGAUGGCUUGCAGAUACCAAAACUGGUAGAUUCAAGAUCAUUUGCUGGGGUGUGGGAGUAUGUGGUGUUGCACAUAUUCUCAUGUGUGCAAGUGGUGCUCCUAACUUAUUGGCGAGUGGAGGUGCUAAGGCUCCUUUCUUUUUGAGUGUUUAUACUUUGGCUUUCGGUGCUGCUAUGUUCAAACCUAAUAUUUCACCAAUACUUCUCGAUCAAAUGCCAAACGCAGUACCCGUUAAGAAGACUCUCCCAUCCGGUGAAGUGGUCAUUGUUGAUCCAGAAUCCACUACCGAACGUGUUGUUCUUUGGUUUUACCUUAUCGUCAAUGUGGGUGGAUUCAUGGGUGUUCCGACUUCCUAUACUGAAAAAUACAUCGGCUGGUGGUUGUCUUUCCUACUUCCACUUCUUCUCUAUCUUCCUCUUCCAUUCCUCCUCUACUUCAUGCGCAAACGUCUCAUCCUAUACCCACCCGGAGGAUCCGAUCUUGGAAACGUUUGCCGCGUUGUCGGUAUUUGCUUCAAGAGAGGUGGUUUGAGGAAACUUUUCACUCGCAAGGGAGGCUUCUUUGAAGCAGCUAGACCAUCCAAUAUCGCCAAAUCUGACCAUGUCAUUCAAGUCCCAUGGAACGAUGGAUUUAUCGAUGACGUCAAGCGUACUUUUGAGGCUACCGGAAUCUUCUGUUUCUUCCCUAUCCAAAACAUCAACGAUAACGGUCUUGGUAGCUCUGCUAGUGCCCUCUCAACCAUGUUAAGUACCAGUGGCGCCCCCAACGACGUUAUGAAUAACUUCAACUCUCUCUCCAUUAUUUGUGUCGCUCCAAUUCUCAACUACGGUCUCUACCCCUUGUUGAGAAAACGCAACAUCCGCUAUGGUCCCAUUGCUAGAAUUACCACUGGAUUCUUCCUCUCCACAAUGAGCGGUGCCGCUUAUACCGUCCUCAACUACUACGCCUACAAGACUGGGCCCUGCGGAAAGUUUGGAUCUUCCAAAUCUUGCGUUGACCCCGAUGGAAUCUCCCUCGUCUCCUCCAUUCCCGUUUGGUUUAUGGCCAUCCCCUAUGCCAUCGGUGGUAUCUCGGAACUCUUUGUCAACGUCCCCGCAUACGGUAUUGCCUAUUCCAGAGCACCCGCCAACAUGAGAGGUCUCGUAUCUGCCAUUAACUUGUUCACUCAAGCUAUUGCUUAUGCCGUCGGUCUUGCAUGUGCUGGUGUUAUCAAGGAUCCAUAUCUCACAUGGGAUUUCGGCGCGCCAACUAUCAUUGGUCUCAUUUUGAUGAUUGUGUUCUAUUGGGUCUAUAGAGAUAUCGACGAGGAAGAAUAUAGACUCAGUCAGAAUGAUGAACAAAUGCACGUCGCGGAUGAAAUUCAUGACGGACAAAGUGCGAGUGAGAAGGUCUCUCCACCUUCCUAUGAGGGCGAGAAAGGAGCGAUUAGGGACAAGGAUACCGAGCUUUAG